AUGAAAGUGUUAUUCUCAAAAUAUAGAAAGAAAACAGAGGGAAUUAAGCUAAUAAUUUUAAUGUCAAAUAACGAUGUGGAGCUUGGAGCAAGAGGUAGCAUUGGACGUAACGUCAACUUUCUACUUGAUUAUAAAAGAAAAGGACAGGAUCGUGACAAUCAACCUCGAUCAUCAAUUUUCAUGGUUCCUAAACUGUACCGAGAUAUCAGCCCAAUAUCUUUUACGCCUAGGCUGGUCUCUAUUGGACCUCUUCACGGAAAAGAUACAAAUUUGCAAAAGUUUGAAGUUCAAAAAUCGACUUAUUUACAUAAUUUAUUGGCUCUGUGUGACCCCAAACAAAAGCAAACGUUAGAAGAUUGUGUGCGAAAGGUGAGUAUGAAAAUUAAAGAAAUCAAGGCAUGCUAUGAAGAGUCAGCGACCUACUACGGGGAUGAGGAACUUGCUAGAAUAAUGGUAAUAGAUGGAUGUUUUAUCCUUUAUUUUACUUAUGUUAUUUCAGGAAAAGCCGGCAGAUUUCUGGGAAACCGGUCGACUAUUCCAUUAAUAGUUAAUGAUAUGUUGUUGAUAGAAAACCAAAUCCCGUUUUUUGUUCUUAAAGACAUCUUUGAGGCUACUUUUCCUCAAUUUGAACGAAAUCCCUCUCUCACUGAUUAUCUCAAAAUACUUCUCAAAGGUUAUAAUCUUUUUCGUGACAAUAAAGUAACAGACAACAUCAACCUAUCUGCGCCUCAUGAUCAUAUCCUUGGCCUUCUGCACAACUGUUUAGUGCCUAUGCAUCUCCCAGGAUCACAAUCUUUUCUUCAAAAAGGAGGCCCGGCCUUCGAACAAGAAAGACACUCGGCCAUGGAACUGGAUAGGGCAGGGGUGAACUUUAGGGCUAAUAAAGAUGUGAAUUGGCCAAUGGCCAUGAAACUUGAAUUACCAAGGUUUUCAUGCUUCCCAUCGUUUUGGUGUAAGCCUACUCUGUUGAUGCCAAAACUAUAUGUUCAUGAUUCCACUGAGUUGGUUUUAAGGAACCUCAUACUAUACGAGCAGUCUAGUCUAGUUCCUGAGUACGUUACAUCAUAUAUGUGGGCCAUGGAUAUGUUAGUAGAUACUCCAGAGGAUGUUGCAAAGUUGGUAAAAUCAGGAGUCCUAGUCAACCAUUGUGGCUCCAACGAGAACGCUGCAAAUAUAAUAAACAACAUAUGCCAGGAUGUGUCCUUAGAUGGUUUUUAUUACCAUCAAGAGUGGGAAGAUCUGGAUACCUAUUACAAGAGUUGCUGGCCCAAUGCCGCUGCAGCGUUGAAGCGUAAAUAUUUCAGCAGUCCAUGGACUAUAAUUGCGCUCUUUGCUGCAAUCGUUUUGUUUGUUCUUACCCUUGUUCAGACCAUCUAUACAGUCAAGCCCCAAGGUCCAUAG